AUGUCUGAUAACAAUACCCAAGAUACUAAGCCUGUUGAAUCAGGCACUGUUGUCCCAGACACAAAUACUAAUGCAUCUGAAACAUUUGCAUCUAAGGCAGGUGUAGCAUCCGAUGCCAAAGAUUUGAGCAAAUCAUCGUCGACCGAUCCAAAGCCUGACAACCAACAACAACAACAACAACAACAAUUUCAAGCUCGCCCUCAAAUGCAAGGUAACAAUAGUUAUAAUAACUACUACCAGGGUCAAGGUGCAUACCCUAACAGUUAUUCAUACGGACAAAAUGUCAAUCCUAACUACAAUGGCGGCGCAAAUUUUCACAACAACAACAAAGGCCAAUACAACAACUCCAAUAAACACUAUCCAGGAAACAGACAAAACUUUAAUAACAGUGGUAAUAAUGCCAAUGCCAAGUAUAGUCAUAACAAUAGCAACCAAGGUAACCCCAAUGCUACACCUCAUUCUCAAAAGAAGUCGUUUGGUAACUCCAGAGGCAAUCACCCUCAUCUGAACCACCAUCAACAACAGCAACAGCAUCAACAACAACAACAGCAGCAGCAGCAACCUCAGUACAUGGCAUACGCAUAUGGUGCUACAAUUCCACAGGGAUACCCAUACUCCUAUAUGUCCCCUUACUACGUUCCUAUGCCGUACGUGUCACCAGCAUCACAACCUUUUGUGUCCCCCACAAGUAGUACCUCCAGUAGCUCAACUGCACAAUUUUCCCAUCCACAAACUAGAACACCACCAGUUCCAAAAGUCAAGUUGACAACGAAGGAUGGCAAGCCAGUUGAUUUAGAGGAGAAAAAGAAGAAAACUGCGUCUUCGACACCAGUGGCAUCUCCCUACGUAAAACAUGCUACACCAGCGACUGUGCCUGCAACCACUACUAAUUCAGAUAAGCUGGAGUCAUCGACACCUCGAGCAGCGUCUGCAGAAUCUGCAGUUGCUUCUUCUACUCCUCCUUCUGGUCCUGGUGCUGCUAGUGGCACAACCGCGCCUGCAACAACAUCCGGAUCAACACCUGCUCUAUCUGCAGCAGAAGAGUUCAAGAGAAAGAUCAGGGAAAGAGCUGCUGCUGCUGCCGCUGCCAAAGAGAAGGAGAAGAAAGAGAGCACACCAAAGGAGGAGCUUAAAGAGGCGUCCGAGGAGGAACUUAAAAGAGAGUCUAAAGAGGAGUCCAAAGAGGAGCUUAAAGAAGAGCCUAAAGAGGAGCCUAAAGAGGAGCCUAAAGAGGAGCCUAAAGAAGAACCUACAGAAGAGCUCAAAGAAGAGUCAAAAGGAACAGCUUCAUCAGUAAAAGCUGUACAAGAUGCCAAUGAUGAUGCUACAGAAUCUGUUUCUGAUACAAAAGUCAUCGAUACAACUGACGUUGACAAUGCAAAAAAGAAGGAAGAGUCUAUUGAUGCACCAGUGGCGUCGACUACAGGAGAAGAAGCAAAACCUGCUGAGACCACAGACACAAUUGAGCAUACGGAGACGGAGAAUGUUGACGAACGCAGCGUCGAUAUUGAAGAAAACAAAGAAGUGAAUGAACCAGAUGCCGAGGAAAGUGAAAGUAUUGAAGCUGAAGCUGAGCAAACAGAGGCAAAGGACGACGUCAACACAGAGGAAACAGAGGUAGACGCCGCUUCCUUUCAAGAUGUUCCCGCAGAAACUGAGACAUCGGAAAACACUGUAAACAAGCUCGACAUUUCACAAUUUAUGCAAAAGAUUGCGGAAGUUCCUGCACUUUCAAAUAUUUUGGAUGUCGUGUAUCCUGAGAAUAUUAAAGGUGUUGACAGUUCGAAACAAAUCCCUAGCAAAAAGUACAGAUACGACCCGCAAUUUUUAAUUCAAUUCCGUGACGUUGUACAGUACCCCAUCGAUACUGAUUUUAAGACUCGUUAUGGUUACUUGGAACUUGGUCAACAACAAGCACUUAGACGUGCAGGCUCCACAAGAGACUCUUCAUCACGCAACACUGGUCAAAGUGGCAGACAACCAAGCAGCAUGGGCCGUUUUGGUGGUCCUCAUGAUAAACGAGGAAGUCUUGGAGGUGGUCCUUAUUCAUACGAUAGUAGACAAAACUCGAGAUCAGGUUCCAAGAGGAGAGGUACAUCGACAAGAGACAAGUCUAGUAGGAAACCGCUUCAGUCAAAGAGAGGUAGAAACAAUGAGUCACGUGAGCCUACCGAAGAAGAAUUGGCUAAGGAAGCAUCGAAACCAGCAGAAGAUGUCAAGCCAUUGAAGAAAUCAGCUAAUAGAUGGGUUCCUAAAUCCAGGGCUAAAAAGACAGAGGUUCGUUAUGCGGAAGAUGGAAGUAUCAUUUUAGAAAAGGAAGACGUUGAACGAAAGAUUAAAUCAUUGUUGAAUAAGUUGACGUUGGAAAUGUUUAAUGAAAUUACUGAUGAGAUGUUGGACAUUACAAAGCAAUCUAAAUGGGAAACUGAUGCACAAACCAUCAAACAAACAAUUUCAUUGACUUUCCAAAAGGCGUGCGAUGAGCCAUAUUGGUCAGAAAUGUAUGCCAAGUGGUGUGCUAAAAUGACUACCCACAUUCUUCCUGACAUUACCGAUGAGUCAAGCACAUUGAAAGAUGGUACACACCCAUCAGGUGGUGCAUUGGCCAGAAGAGUAUUGUUGACUACUUGUCAAGUUGAAUAUGAAAAGGGGUGGAGUGACAAAUUGCCCACUAAUCCAGAUGGUUCUCCACUUGAACCAGAAAUGAUGAGUGAUGAAUACUAUGCUAUGGCUGCAGCAAAAAGAAGAGGUUUGGGUCUCGUCAAAUUCAUUGGUCAUUUGUACAAUUUGAACAUGUUGAAUGAUCAUAUCAUCUACAUGUGUCUUAGAGAUCAAUGUAGUAAUGUUACUGAUCCUUCAGAAGAUAGUUUGGAGAACUUAGCCCAAUUAAUCAAGACUGUUGGUCCCAAAUUGGAUGCAAACGAACGUACCAAAACGAUGCUCAAGAUUGUAUUUGAAAGUAUAGAUACCAUUUUGAGCAAUGUCAAGUUGAGUUCAAGAAUCAAGUUUAUGUUGAUGGACUUGCAAGAUUUAAGAAAGGCAAGGUGGCAGAGUGGUAAACAAGAUGCACAACCUACAACUAUUGAAGCUAUUCACAGAGAUGCUGAAAUUAAGAAGUUGAAAGAAGAAAGAGAGAAGGGAAGAAGACCACAAAAUAUCAAUCGUGGAGGCAGUCUGCACUAUGGAUCAAGUAAUUUAGGCGGUGGUGGUGGUGGUUUGAGCUCGAGAUCAAAUUCAGGGUUUGGUUCCAACGCUGCUUCAAAUUCAAACUUUUUCAGAAAAUCACCAUCUGUGGGGAGAUCCGAUUCUAAUGUUAGUAGAAGUGCAAGUGAACGUGAACGUGGAGGUGGUGGUGGUUCAGGCGUCAAUACUGCAAGUAAUGCUGGUGGAAGCGACCUUCAAAGAGACUCUUCAAGGAGGUCGGAGAAUCAACAAGUUAAUAGAUUUGCUGCGUUGGGCGGUGGUGAUGAUGAAGAGGAUGUAGACGAUGAAGGAAAUGCCAAUGCUGAAGAGGCUACAUGA